AUGGAUCCCUCCAGUCCCGCCACUCGGGUUCAAUCCGAUGGGAUCUUGAACCAUGUCGCCCCGAACCAUGCGCACAGCGACUCCAUGGUCACCGUCUCGUUAUCGUCCAAUUCGGAGCAUACCCAACCUGAAUGGCGCACCCUCGAUAUUCCCCGGACCCCCGUCGAGGUGACAUCCCCGGCCAACGCAGAAGAUACCGAGACGAAAACUACGCCGACGUUGGGGCCGGCCAAAUCGGUUCGUAGUGCCGGUACGUCGAUCCGGUCCCGGAGCAGCGAGGACGGCGAUCGGGGAGAUGGUGAUAUGGUGGAUUGGGAGGAAUUGGAAAAGACGGAGGAGCAGGAACCUCGCCGUGAGGGGUCCGACGAGUCGACAUCUCUUCUGUUAGCUCGUCUGGAGCAGGAAAACAAUGCCCUGGCAACCAACCCCAAAUCGGGCCUGGCCAACGUCGCAAAGUCGCAGGAAAUACAGCAACGACCGUCCCGAUCGCAAUCCCUGCAUCACAUCAAACGAUUGAUCAACGAUGACCCUCGGUCCUCGCUGCGUUAUUCCCAACUGCCACCUCCUCCGAUGACCGAGCUCGAGUUCUGGGCCGCUCUCGUCGCCGACUACCCCCAGACCGCGCAGCGAUUGCCGACGUUGACCUCGAAUAAAAUCCGCGGCGGCGUCCCGCCUCCCCUGCGCGGCGUGGUAUGGCCUAGUUUGGCCGGGGCUCGGGAUACGACGCUGUUGGCGGAAUAUCAGAGAUUGUGCGGCGAGACGAGCCCCUACGAAGGCAUUAUCGGAAAGGAUAUCGGUCGCAGCUUUCCCAACGUCGAGAUGUUCCGUGAUCCGCACGGUGAGGGGCAGCAAAUGUUGGCGCGGGUCUUGAAAUGUUUCAGUCUGUACGAUACCAAGAUCGGGUACUGUCAGGGGCUGGGAUUUGUGGUCGGUCCGUUACUGAUGCACAUGACGGAUGCGGAGGCAUUCUGUGUGCUGGUGAGGUUGAUGGACCACUACGACUUGCGCACGUGCUAUCUCCCUGAUUUGUCGGGAUUGCACCUCCGAGUGUAUCAGUUCCAGAAUCUCCUUUCUCGUCUUCGACCCGGACUGUUUGCGCACUUGGAAUCGCUGCAUGUCGAGCCGGUGUACGUGUCGCAGUGGUUUCUGUCGUUUUUCGCCGUAUCGUGUCCUCUGCCCAUGCUUCUUCGCAUCUACGACGUGAUUUUCCUGGAGGGAGCGUGCGAGACCCUGAUGCGCGUGGCACUUUCGCUGAUGCAGCGCAAUGAGAAGAAGAUUCUGGCCUGUGCGGAAUUUGAGGAUGUGAUGCAACUGCUGUUGUCGCGCAGUUUGUGGGAUACAUACGCCUGCCACGCGGAUGAUUUCGUCAACGACUUUGUCUCACUGACUUCGCUGGUGACCAAGGAAAGCCUGCAAGCGCUGGAAGCCAGUUACAACCAAUCACAGGGCGUACCGACGGGCAUUUCGUUCCCUCAAAUGCAGGCGGCGGCGUCGCGCUUCUUAGGCCGCUUCUGGGCGGGGUCCGGCUCUCACAACUCCAUGAAACAGCCAUUUUCGCUCAACCCCAACCACGCCAGCACCUCGGCCAGCAUUCGUCGCUCCGCCUCCAAGCAGAGCAUGACUUCCACCUUAAAUUCCAUCGAGUCCACCUCCGAUGCCAGUACCGCCCCCACCGAACUCUCCGCGGACGUUCCCAAGCCGCGCGCCAAAUCCACCAUGUCACAGAACAAAGAUCGCGACCUGCACACGCAAAUCGAAGAUCUCCUGAUGGCACUCAGCGAUCUACAGCGCCAGCACGCCGACCUCACCCGGGACCUGCAGCACGAGCGCGAAGAGCGCGAGGAGGACCAGCAGAUCGCCAAAGCCAUGCUCCACCACAUUAAGUCCGACGAGACCGCCGCGCCGACCGAGCUGAUCGGCAAAGCGGAGGAGCGCUUCGUCGGCGCCGUAUCGCCCAACCAAGAGGAGUCUAUCGACCAGACCAAGCACCAACUGCGCGACGACCUCAACCGAUGGAAGGAAAUGCACACCGUCGAGGCCGGUCGCUGCCUCGACCUGACCCGUCGCAUGGACGAGCACGAGAAGGAGAAUUCGUCGCUGCGCGAACAGCUGCGGGAAGCGCGCGGGCGCAUUCAGGACGGCUACCGCGAUCGCCAGCGCCUUGAGCGAAUGGUCCGCGAGCUGCGCUCCGUCAAAGCGCCCACCUCGACUGACACCCCGCCGGAAUCCUACGGGUCGCCGACCAGCGAACCCGGCGAGGGCGUCACGCCGCCAGGCCUGCGCGAACUCAAACUCGUCCGCUCGAACUCGCAACGAUCCAUGUCUCAGCGCUCCGCCUCGCCCCGCAGCACCUUCACCAAGCGCUCCAGCAGCCUAGGCCUGCAGUCGGUGCUGGCGACGGAGAACAACAAACCGGCCGGCGACGAGGCCCUCCUGCUGGAGCUGGUCAACGCGAAAACGGCAGAGGCGGUCGCCAAGCAAGAACUCGAGGAAGUAAAGGCCAAGAUGGAGGGACUCCGGAAACAGGUCGCCGCGUCACAACGCGCGCAGUCGCAGACCCCCGAACCGCCCAGUCGGACUCCUUCCGCGAUGGGCGUGCACAAAGUGACCACAGAGCCGCCAGCCACCGGAGGCGGAUUCUUCAGUGGCUGGGGACGACGGGCGGUCUCGACCAGCCAGGAGUCGUAUACCGAGAAGUAG